AGAAGUUUUGCCGCUAAGCGCGAAGAACACAAACAACGUGAAAACGCGAGUUUUUUUGUUGACAGCACUCACAUGGCAUAACUCCACUACGUUAGUAUUGUUGACUUUUAUCCCAUAGCAUUGUUGACGUUGAUUUCAAGAUGGGUUCAGACGAAAGGAAACGUAUUAAGGAGCUGAUGAAAGAACGAGAGAGAGAUGAUGGCAAGAUGGACUGGAUGUAUAAAACUGCCAAGCCGGAGUCAGAAGAAUAUCUCCUCGGACGAAAGAUUGAUAAGAUUUUUGAACAGGAAGAAGAACCCCCCGAAGACAAAAAUGACCCUGGAGCCAUAUUUAAUGAGCGUGUCAAGGCUAACAUUGCCAUGGAUAUGGCUGCUAAGAUGAGGGAAGAUCCUCUCUUCCAGAUCAAGAAAAGAGAGGAAGAUGCUAAAAAGAAUUUGCUACAAAAUCCAGUCAAGAUGAGGCAACUUCAAAAGCUGGUGAAAGAGAAGGAAAAAAGUAAGCAUAAGAAGAAAAAGAAGAAACAUAAAAAGAAGAAAGUUCAGAGUUCUGAUGAUGAAAGCGAUGAUGAUGAUGAUGGUGAUGAUGAUAUCAUGAAGAAAUAUCUGGCUGUGCUGUCAAAAAAACACCAACCCAAGUCAGCAGAGGCAUCUGGUGGUGGGAGAAGAAAACACAAAGACAGGGGAGAUAAUCAGCGUGAUGAGGAUGAGGAGGAUCAUUCAAUGAAGAGAUCAAGAAAGGAGCGAAAAGAGAGACGGAAGAAACGUUCAUCAUCACCCGAGAUAAACCACUCUAAGAAAAGGGAAAUGCGAGAGCAUAGGAAGAGUUCUUCCCCUUCGACAAACCAUCGAAAAGCAGCAUCAAAACAGUAUGGGUUACUGCUCAGAGGCGAGAACUCAAGGGCAGAUGAGACAUCAAAUAAGUCCAGGUCGCCAAAAAGGUCAAGAUCAAGGUCAACAGAGCAUAAAAAAUCACUAAUGCAGAAAAAGUCUCCAAAAGUCAAACAACGUUCUCAGUAUAGAAGCACAUCUAGGUCACCUAUAAGGAAUCGGUCAAGGUCACGUACAAGGAAAAGGUCGAGGUCACCUGCAAGGAAAAAGUCACGGUCUCCAAAGAGAAAAGGAUCUCGCUCACCUGUGCGUAGGAAGUCACCUUAUAGACGGAGGUCAAGGUCACCUGUUAAUGAAAGAUCACGUAGAAGAUCCAGAAGUCGAUCACCAGCUGAAAAGGCAACAAAAAGAAAUCUAACGGAAGAGGAAAAGUUGAGAAAGCUGGAGGAGAUGCAAGAAAACGCAAAAUGGCGCGACAGUCAGCGGGAGAAAAACGUGAAACGCUACAGAGAAGAAGCAGAUGCUGAGGAGAAAUCUCACUUGAACAAAGGCAGCAGUUCCGAUUUCCUCAACCCCUUGAUGGCUGGCCACGUAUCCCAGAGUUCUGUGCAAGACCGAAUAAAACGCAACAUUUACAACGUGCAACGAACUAAGGCUGACCUUGACAAAGACUUCACUCGGCGUUGAUUCAACUUUGAUUGAGACAGCAAUAAAAGAGGACUCAAGACCCUGCAAACAUUUUUUGUGUGCAAGGGAUGUACACAACUGAAUUUUAAGUUCACUCUGAAAGACCGUUUCGUUGUACGAUACAAACACUUGAACUUGGAUUUGGAGAGGGUAGACCUUUCCGAACUGUCAAUCAAAAACACGCAAUUGACCAGUCAUAAGCAGUAUUGUUACAAACAGGUCAACCGGAUGUCCCACACAUUGGUUACAAAUGUUCAGCCUUUUUAUGAUGUCAUGACAUCACAACUGUUUUCAUCGAGAUGGGAUUGAAAAGUAACGUGGUCAGGAGAAGGGGUUGUGGGACAUGGGCUGAGUUGGGUCCAUCCAUUAAUGAGGCCUGACAAGCAGUGUUUGAAUAUGACAGCUCCCGGAACGUGGAAACUGCUGGCUGGUGUCAAAAAUUGUAUACCUGCUCACCUUCCUCCUCUAAAUAACCUUUAAGUUUGUUGGAUGAAACAAUCCAGUUCAGUAGAAGUACCCAGGGGCUGAUUCUACGAAGCCCUUUCUGUCUUAAGUCAAGAUUUAAAAAACUCUGCAUGAGGCUUGGCUUUUGAUACUGGGAGUUGAAAUUUGGACAAAUUUGUCUUAAAACGACAUUGAUGAAGAGGACAAAAUUUUAAUUUCUAAAGCUCCCAAACAAGCUAUCAGAUUGUAUUUCAAAUUUUGACUCAAGUCAGAAAUGGAUGUGGGGAAUCGGCCCCAGGUCAUGGAAACCCCGGGGGGCUUGUAUUAAGUAUUCUAUGAAUGUGCAGUGCCACAGCAGCAUUUCCCCAGUAUGCAAUACUGGACUUCCUCAGAAAUUUCACAAGAGCCAUGGGAUUUUGCAAGGAGGGAUAACAAAUCUUGGAAAGGUCUGUCAUUUUACUGGGGAUUAACCAAGGAAGUACACUGUAGCAGGUUCAAAUCCAGCUCUUGACAUCAAGAGGAUGUUACAUUUUAAUACAUUAACUUCACAUGGGAGAAAUAUUCUUGAGCAUGGUGUAUAACACCAGUCGAAUUAACUUUAGCUUUUAAAAUCUGGCACAUCUCAGGUUUUAGCUUAACCUGUGUACAUGUAUUUUCAGAAACCCUGAGCCAGUACAGGCUGUUUUAACUGCCACAGAUACAUGUAUGUAUCCAUGUAUUAUAUGGUAGAUAUAUGUAUAUAUAUUUUUUUUUUUUUUAAGUUAACAAAUUUGAUUUAUUAUUUACAGCAAAACGUUUUUAUUGAGGUAUAUGAUUCAGUAAGUAAACAGACUUAAUAUACGUCAUGAUAUUUGUUCAGUUAUGGACAUUUUGUUUUUACAGUACAAAUAUAGCCCUCAUCAGUCAUGACAUCUGAUUGGU